AUGGCAAACGCUUCUUUAGCCGCUCUGAUUCUCAUGCUUCUCACUAUCUCAGCUACGUUUUUAGGUGAUGUUGAAGCUGAAGAUUCAAGAAAGCCAUACAUUGUUCAAAUGAUGAAGACCAUGAAGCCUCAUGACUUCAACUCAGACGAGAACUGGUAUGCUUCGAUGCUCAGCCAGGUCUCAAGAUCUGAUACUGCGAUCGACAUGUUAUAUACAUAUGAUACGGUCCUGAACGGCUUUGCUGCUAGGAUGAGUAAAGCAGAGGCUGAAGCCAUGCAGAAUAUGGAUGGUUGCUUGGGCGUAAUCCCAUCUUCUCUCAGUCAAAUCGCCACCACUCGCACACCUGACUUCCUGGGGCUUACUUCUUCUUCUUCUUCUUCGUCAGGAGUAUGGUCCAAAUAUUCAACUUAUGGUGAAGACGUUAUCAUAGGAGUGAUCGACACAGGGAUAUGGCCUGAAAGCCGAAGCUUCAACGAAGAAAACCUUGGAAACAUUCCCUCAAAAUGGAAGGGCGAAUGUGAGAAUGGGCGGGACUUCAAUUCUUCACACUGCAAUAAGAAAAUCAUUGGAGCUCGAUACUUUUUCGAAGGUUACGAAACUAAAGAUCCCAUCAACGAAACCUUGGAAUACAAAUCUCCUCGAGACAACGACGGCCAUGGCUCACAUACAGCUUCUACCAUUGCUGGGGCUGAAGUGCCUGCGACAAGUUUCUUCGGUUUCGCCAACGGAACGGCCAGAGGGAUGGCCCCUAGAGCCAGGCUGGCAAUCUACAAAGCCUGCUGGGAAAAAGGCUGCGAUGAUUCAGACAUAGCUGCUGCAAUGGAAAAAGCCAUCGCAGAUGGCGUGGACAUCAUUUCUUUGUCAAUUGGCUCGCAAGACCAGCCAUUUCACAUGCAGGUCAGAGCCAUUGCAGAAUUUGGGGCCAUGGAGAAGGGAGUUUUUGUUUCUGCCGCGGCAGGCAAUGCCGGACCUCGUUCAUCUUCUCUUAGUAAUCCAGCCCCCUGGAUUACUCUUGUGGGUGCCAGCACCGUCGACAGAGAUUUCCCUGCUUCUCUUGUCUUGGGAAACCAAGAUAUACACAGGGGAACUUCUACAUACAGGGGCCAAGAUACAAUUCAAGAGACACCUCUUCCACUGGUCUAUUCAUCAACCAACAAUAGCUCAAGGCGUUGCCUCGAUGGCGGCCUUGAUCCAAAUAUGGUGAAGGGUAAAAUUGUGCUGUGUGAUCAAGGACGAUCUAGCACCUAUGACAAAAGCAAUGUAGUGGCCAGAGCAGGGGGUGCAGGAAUGAUUGUGGUGAAUGUAGCGAUUUAUGGUGAUGACCAGCAGCUUACCAAUACUGACGGUCUACCGGCUAUCAAUGUGGGUUUCAAUGCUGGAGAAAAAAUCAAGGCCUAUAUCAACAGUACAGGGAUUAAUGCCACUGCUACCUUGAGACUCCCUCGAUUGACUGUAGUGGGAAAGAACGUAGCUGCUCCCAUGGCGGCGCCUUUUACAUCAAGAGGCCCCACUGUAGCAUACCCACACAUUCUCAAGCCUGAUAUAAUUGCUCCCGGUGUGAACAUCUUGGCAGCAUUUGCGGAAGUGGACAAAGAAUCCUCACCCUACGAGUUUCUAUCAGGGACGUCCAUGGCCUGUCCUCACGUCAGUGGUAUUGCAGCACUCAUAAAAGCAGUUCAUCCUACGUGGAGCCCAGCCGCCAUUAAAUCUGCCCUGAUGACAUCUUCUUCCAUUGUUGACAAUACAGGUCAGGCCAUCAGGUACUCAUCGACCAUGGAAGCAGCCGAUCCAUUUGCCAUUGGCGCAGGCCAUGUGGACCCAACAGGUGCACUAAAUCCUGGGCUUGUCUAUGAUCUGGAACCUCAGGACUACGUCAACUUCCUAUGCACCCUCAAUUACACCUCUCAACAGAUUGCCCUUCUCACCAAGAAAUCAGUUUCCUGUCCGAGUCCCAGUUUGGAAGUCGGAGAUCUCAACUACCCAUCGUUCUCUGUGCUGUUCAACUCUAGCAAGGAAUUGACUCAGGUGAAGAGAAGAACAGUGAAGAAUGUGGGCGCACAAGCUCAUGCGGUGUAUCGAGCGAGCGUGAAAAGCCCUCCCGGAGUAAAAAUAACAGUGCAACCAGAGACGUUGGAGUUCACAAAGCUGGAGGAUAAAGCAAGCUAUAGUGUGAGAUUUGAAACCGACGUAACAUCUCCAUCUGUGUCUCAUCAGUUUGGAGAAAUAAGCUGGACAUGCAUAGGGGGAGGAACACACGUUGUUCGUAGCCCAGUUGUUCUGCAAUGGCAACGUGCAGUUGUUUAUGGCACUCGCAACUUGACAUUACAUUACAGCAUUGAAAUAUAA